AUGGAUGCCUUAGUAUGGCCCAAGGGCGUGCUAGACUUGGAGGGGAAACGGCACAUUUCACGUGGAGAGGAUGGCUCAGGCCAAGAAGACGGCGAAGCUGCAGCCGACGGUCCAGAUGGAACGGUCGAGCCAGACGAGUCAGUCAGGACUCAGGAUUCAGGACUCUGUAGUCGUUCGUCCACACCACACCAUGAGCGUCCUGACGCGACCCCUCCAACGGGCUCAUGGACUCCAUUCCUGGAGAGCACUGAUGUCGUGCAUCUGUCCAAAGCCGUGCGGGUCAUCGAUCUCGCGGUGGACUGCCUGGCUGAACCUAACGACAAGCGAAGGCUGCACCAUCUCUCUCUGGUCAAGGUGACCGGUGUGGUCCGAGUGUCAACAGGUCUGGCUCCUACGGACUCCUACAGGGGCUCCAUAUCUUUCCACGGCAAUGACACCAUUGAUGGGGUUCCCAUCUGGGACUUCACCGACGAGAAUGACAAAACAGACGGUCCGAUUGGGAAGCUUGAGACCAGAAGGCUGGCGGGUCGACGGCAACCAGCGUGCGUUUUUGCGUCACCGGGCUACGGCAGCCCGACCAACAGUACUGAGUCUCGGGGAUUCUUCACUCAACGGGGAUCCCCUCUCGGUCUGAGAUGCCGCCGGGCGGUUGCUGUUCACGCCGAGCUGGAUCCGAUGACCUCGGCUGCGAGUCAUGCAAUUGCAGUGGCUUCGGGUAACCUACUGAGGACAGCCAUGUUCUUGCCAACGAAGACGGCGUCUGAGGCUGAUAUGCAAAUGGAGAGAGAAGAGAUGGAAGAAUGA